AACAUGGACGACAGAAGUGUCUGUACUCUGCAGCUUGCGGAGUCAGACGCUCAAUAUAACACUACUAGUGCACCUAACGCGGCUUCUGUCACAGAUGCUGACACAGUAAUAAACACUAAAAUAGAUAGCACCCAGGUUGAAGGAGACAAGAGUGAAGAGGAGCUGCUGAAGGGUCUCCUCACUGACGACUACUGUCAUGUGUGUGAGGCUGUGCUGCUCUUUGAAUCUCAGCGGGUGUCCCACUAUGAGGGAAAGAAACAUGCUCAAAAACUCAAGGUGUACCUGCAGUCCAGGAAGGCUGAGAAGACGAGCAAAGAGUCCACAGGGCCCCAGCGGACCAUGACUACUGAUAAGGACCAUUUCUGUGAACUGUGUAACAUGGUGUUUAGCUCCCACGUGGUGGCAAAAUCACACUAUGAAGGCAAAGUCCAUGCAAAAAAUCUUCGUAAACAAGGUCUCCAGCCCCAAGUCAUAGACAGGUACACAGAGGUCCGUACUUUACCAAGUGUGACUUGGGAGCCUGAUGAUGCUGACCAGAAACCUGCCCCAGAGGGAGGUGUGGAGCAUCUCCCGGACCCUGCCGCCACCACAACUACCCCCAGCACAGAGGUUGAUCUGACGGACCCUAAAAAGUACUGUCCCCUGUGUGCUGCCUCGUUCAACAAUCCUCAGAUGGCUCUGCAGCACUACAACGGACGCAAACACCAGAGGAAUCAUGCCAGACAGGAGCUGCUCAAAGAGCUCGGAGACAAUGUCCAACAAGCCGACUCCCUGAUGUGCCAGAUGUGUAGUGUGCAGUUUAACUCUGUGGAGAUGUACCAGGCCCACAUGCAAGGAAACAAACACCAGAUUAGGGAGAAGAAGGUUGUGGACCUGUGCAAAUCCCAACCAAAAGACUACAGCACAUUUGCAGAUGAACUGGCAGAUUACAUUCAAGUCCAGAAGGCUCGUGGAAUCACCCCCAAGGCCAGUCAAGUCCUCCCGCCAGAUGACACACAAAAGGAGGAUGAGGAAGGUGAAGAAGAAGAGGUAGUAUUAAACCAGGGAGAUAUCACAGAACUGAACAAACCCAUGCCCAGCCUUCCUCCCACCUCUAACCCUCCUCAUCACUCCCGCCCUGGUGGUUACUACCCAGUGGAAGGGUGGCGUCCUCCAUACCAGGGCCCUACCUGGCCGCCCCAUGGCUGGAAUUACAACUGCCCUCCUCCAGUCCUCCCACCCUCAGGCUCUGCUCUGUUCACCAGUUGGCCCACAAAGAGAAGGAGGCCCAGAAAGCAGUCGAGCUCCUCCUCGUAUACUUCAUCAUCUUACUCCUCGUAUUCCUCCUCUUAUAGCAGUAGUGACAGUGACAGUGAAUACAGGCGCAGAGAAAAGAGGAGAAUUAGGAGACCCAGGAGAGAGAAAGACAGGAGGGGAAGAGAUGAGGACUUAGACAAGGAGGAGAAGAGGAGGAAGCGGCGGAGGAGGGGAAGAGAUAAUGACUCAGAGGAGAGGAAGAGAGAGGGAUCCGGAGGGUCAGAGGAAGGGAGGAGGAGAAAAAGGCCCAAAAAUCAUGGCAAGCGGAGAAGACGAGAGAAGAAAUCCCGGGAGAAGGACUUUGAGGUGGAAGGAGGGGAAAGGGUGAUGGACAAUUUAAUGCCAGGUGACGUGACGGACAAUAGAAAAGAGCCUGAAGUGCAUUUUCAGGCUGACAUGAAUGUUGAGCAGGGGGAGGGUGGACAGGACGAGCCAGCAAAACCUAAAUACAAGAAAGAGAAGAAGAAAACGAAAGAGAAAGUGGACACUAGAACAGAGGAGGAGAAACUAUGGGAUGACUCCAUUCUGGGCUGUUAAACUGAGAAGGCCCAGUUUGACUGUGUCUGUUGAACUGCUGACAUUUAGGCAAAACGUGAAGUUAUCAAGAGCAUGACACUGAACAUCUCACAAACUGUCUAUAUUAAAAUGAUCUUUAUAGCAGUUAACAAAGCAGUUUUUACUCUCUGCUCUGACAGCCCCAAAGUGUUAUUCUCCAUAGGUGUGCUAGCUGGCUAGCCAUGUUUAGUUAAUUUGUGUUCAUAAGGAAUAAAUGAAUUCCUCUCUUUUCAGUGUUUGGAGGAGCUUCUCACACAUAUUAACAACUAUAAUAGCUUUAUUUUUCACUAUGACACUUCAUGUCUUCAAUUGAAUUCAUUUGCACAUUGUUAUAAUUUGUUUCCUGUAAUAUUUAAGAUCUCCUUUUUUUGCCUAUCAUUUGAAGUGUUUAAGAAGUCCUCUUGACCUCUUGAUGCAUCAGUAUGUUUCUGUAUCUGUGCUUCUGACAAGGAUUUAAUAGACUGUGAUCCCUUUAGCAGCCUGUGGUUGGUGCUGUUGAGCUUCAUUCAGAGCAUCAGUAGAGCAAAUAAAAGCACAUAGAUAUCA